AUGAAUCCCUCACAUUUAGUGGCUUGUGGACUACUGAUGGCUCUACUUUCAGUCUGCACAGAGGCAAAGCCGUUGACACAGGCACAACAGAAGCCCCUUAGAGCGCUGCUGGGAGAGGAACUGUCAGAGUUUCUGGCGUCUGGAGAGAGAGAACGGAGGCUCGAGAACAGAGCGCGCCUGCUACGAGAACUGACGAUGGACACACGCGCUAAGAUUAUGUGGGCGCGAAAAAUGAAUGACCAGCCAAACUCGCGGAGAAACAAGUCGGGAAACAAGAAAGCAGGUUCCACGCCCAGGAGCGGCUGUUUCGGAUACAAGAUCGAUAGGAUAGGCACCAUGAGCGGCAUGGGCUGUCAUCCUGCCAACUACCCAGCUGCUGGUCUUUCUUGGUGA